GGAGGCUUGGAAUUCUGAGUUGUGGCUUUUUCUUUUUAAAAAUCGCUGGGUCUUUGGCUCUCUCCUGGGGCUGAGUGCCUUUGACCGAGGCUGGAGACAGCUGCGGAGAGCCACGGGCAGCUGAGGUGGAAGUGGAAACUCUCCCGAAAUGUUCAGCCAGGUGCCCAGGCCCCCGGCUGCAGGCUGCUGCUAUCUCAAUGCCAUGACACCUGAGAGCCAGGAGAUGUACUUGCGAUUUGAUCAGACUGCCAGGCGCUCUCCUUACAGGAUGAGCCGGAUCCUAGCACGCCAUCACCUAGUGACUAAAAUUCAGCAAGAAAUCGAGGCAAAGGAAGCAUGUGACUGGCUCCGAGCUGCUGGGUUCCCGCAGUAUGCUCAGCUGUAUGAAGAUUCGCAGUUCCCCAUCAACAUUGUGGCCGUCAAGAAAGACCAUGAUUUUCUUGAAAGGGACCUUGUAGAACCUCUUUGCAGACGGCUUAAUACGUUGAACAAGUGUGCCUCAAUGAGACUUGAUGUGAACUUCCAAAGGAAAAAGGGUGACGACUCAGAUGAGGAAGAUCUGUGCAUCAGCAACAAAUGGACUUUCCAGAGGACCAGCCGCAGGUGGUCCCGUGUGGAUGACCUGCACACACUGUUCCCUGGAGCAGACAGAAACGGGUCCCCAGGAGGCCCUAGGAUGAGAAACACGACCAGCAGUGAGAGUGUGCUCACAGAUCUGAGUGAGCCAGAAGUCGGCUCCACUCACAGCGAAAGCAGCGGGGGCAGUGACAGCCGCAGCGGGGGCAGUGACAGCCGCAGCCAGUCUGGGCAUCCUUGUACAGACGGUGCACUUGUGCUGGAGGGCACCCUGGGCAGCGGUGGCCUCACGCAGUCUCCCCAAGACCGUGUUAGCUACUCUUUUCACACCAAGAAUGAGAAACCCGCCAGGGCCAGGGCGAAGUCGCUUCUGAAGCGCAUGGAUACCCUGAGAGCAAAGGGAGCACACGGGAGGCAUAAGGGGCCGGCGCAAACAGGCGGCCUGCUCAUCAGUAGGCCUGUGCUGCAGCAGGAGCCAGAGUCCUUUAAGGCCAUGCAGUGCAUCCAGAUACCCAAUGGAGAUCUGCAGACGUCACCUCCGGCUGCCGGCAGAAAAGGUCACCCAUGCUCCAGUAAGUCAAGUGGCGACGGCAGCCCCUUGGCGAACAGCAGCCGCGUGAGCACCCCAUCUAUGAAGGAACGCAAAUGCCACCAUGAGGCCAACAAGCGUGGGGGCAUGUAUCUGGAGGACCUGGACGUGCUGGCAGGGACAGCACUAUCAGAUACAGGGGACCAAAACCACAUGCAUGGGUUUCACUCCCAAGAGAGCUUGGUGGUCCUUGUUCCCAAGGACCACAAGCCAGGGACAUUCCCCAAGGCACUGUCCAUAGAAAGCCUCUCACCCACAGACAGCAGUGUGCUAAACUGGAGGACCGGGGGUGUCUCCCUGGACAGACAAGAGGGCCCAGGCAUGAGGGAGCCCAGGCUCAUGUCAUCCUGCCACAGAGGCAGCCGAGUCAGUAUCUAUGACAACGUUCCCGGCUCGCAUCUGUACGCCAGCACAGGAGAUCUGUUGGACUUGGAGAAAGAUGGCCUCCUCCCGCAGCUGGAUGACAUUCUGCAGCAUGUCAGUGGCAUUCAAGAGGUGGUGGAUGACUGGUCCAAAACCAUCCUGCCUGAACUGCAGGGUCAGGAUGCGCUGGCAGGCGACCCUGGCUUAUCCCUGUCUCCUAAUCAGAUCACUUUAGAUUUUGAAGGCAACUCAGUCUCGGAAGGUCGGACAACACCCAGUGACAUGGAAAGGGACAAGGCUUCUCUGAAUGAGUCAGAGGCCACUGGGGUCAGAGAAAGAAGAGAUUCUGGUGUGGGGGCCUCUCUGACCAGGCCAAACAGGCGCCUACGAUGGAGCAGCUUCCAGCUCUCUCACCAGCCACAGCCAUCUCCCGCCACCCUGCACAUCAGCAGCCAGACGGCCGCCCAGCUGAACCUGCUCCAGCGUUUCUCGCUACUCCGCCUCACAGCCAUCAUGGAGAGGUACUCCAUGUCCAACAAGCACGGCUGGACCUGCCUGUCAGCACAGUGCGCCCCAGGAACCUUGCAUGACCUGGUUUCUGUGAAUUCCAGGUCCGUUCCAAAGUUCAUGAAGAGGGUGAAAGUUCCCGACUACAAAGACAAGACCGUCUUCGGUGUUCCUCUCAUCGUCCAUGUCCAGAGAACAGGACAGCCCCUGCCUCAGAGCAUCCAGCAGGCACUGAGGUUUCUACGUAGCAACUGUCUGGAUCAGGUGGGUCUUUUCCGUAAGUCAGGAGUGAAGUCUCGCAUCCACGCCCUACGCCAGAUGAACGAGAACUUCCCUGCGAACGUGAACUAUGAAGACCAGUCUGCGUAUGACGUGGCAGACAUGGUGAAGCAGUUUUUCCGGGACCUUCCCGAGCCCCUUUUCACCAACAAGCUCAGUGAGACUUUCCUCCACAUCUACCAGUAUGUCCCCAAAGAGCAGCGGCUGCAGGCCGUGCAGGCGGCCAUCCUGCUGUUGGCGGAUGAGAACAGGGAGGCCCUGCAGACACUCCUGUGCUUCCUGAAUGAUGUGGUGAACUUAGUGGAAGAGAAUCAGAUGACGCCCAUGAACCUGGCCGUGUGCCUGGCCCCCUCCCUCUUCCACCUGAACUUACUGAAGAAAGAAAGUUCACCAAAAGUCAUCCAGAAGAAAUAUGCCACCGGGAAGCCAGAUCAAAAGGACCUCAAUGAAAAUCUAGCUGCAGCUCAGGGGCUCGCCCACAUGAUCACAGAGUGCAACCGGCUCUUUGAGGUUCCACACGAGAUGGUAGCCCAGUCUCAGAGCUCAUACUUAGAGGCCGAAAUCCAUGCACCCAGCCUGGAAGACUUGGGAGCACAGCUGGCAGAGAGCGGGGCAACUUUCCACACAUACCUGGAGCAUCUUGUCCAAGGCCUCCAGAAAGAAGCUAAGGAGAAAUUCAAAGGAUGGGUCACGUGUUCCAGUCCCAACAACACAGACCUUGCUUUCAAAAAGGUGGGGGACGGGAACCCGCUGAAGCUGUGGAAAGCAUCUGUGGAGGUGGAGGCACCUCCCUCCGUGGUGCUGAAUCGUGUGCUAAGAGAGCGCCACCUGUGGGAUGAGCACUUCCUGCAGUGGAAGGUUGUGGAAACGCUGGACAGGCAAACAGAGAUCUACCAGUAUGUGUUGAACAGCAUGGCCCCACAUCCCUCCAGAGACUUCGUGGUUCUCAGGACCUGGAAGACUGACUUGCCCAAAGGAAUGUGCACCCUGGUGUCCCUGUCUGUGGAGCAUGAAGAAGCCCAGCUGAUGGGUGGUGUGCGGGCGGCAGUGAUGGACUCUCAGUACCUGAUAGAACCCUGCGGUUCUGGCAAGUCCAGGCUGACCCAUAUCUGCAGGAUAGACCUGAAGGGUCACUCCCCAGAAUGGUACAGCAAAGGCUUUGGACACCUCUGUGCUGCAGAAGUUGCCAGAAUUAGGAACUCUUUCCAGCCUCUCAUUGCUGAGGGUCCAGAAACAAAGAUCUGAUCUUUCCCCAGUGUGACACCAAACUCAGGGAACAGGAAGUGAUGAACCGGAAGUGAUAAAGCCUCACAGCAUGGAGGGUGCGUGAAUGUGAAGGAGAGUGUGUCACUGUGGGAACAGGAGACCACGGAGAACGUUCUUAGCCUGCCUGGAGAUGGCUGAUCCCUACUAAUACCUGUCGGAACAUUUAUCUAUAAUGCUUAAAAUUAAAUGGAUUAUUCUUACACGUUGACUAAUUUGCUACUUAAAGGCUUCUAAGAAGCAUGUCUUGGCUGUAAAUAACUGUACUGUAGCAUUUGUAUAUGUGUGUAUAUCUCCAUUUACUGUAUAUAUGUAAAAUACCAGUUUUGUAUAUAAUUCGGUAUCUGACUCUGUGAGUCUCCUCACAUGGCACUUCUGGGUUGCUGCAGACCCUACGUCCCUCCUGUCCUGCCAGCUGAGCAGAGCCUGCUGCCAAACACCAAAGCAUGAAGUGUGUAGUCUCGUCUGUCUGCAGAUGCUUACCCAAAGAUUAGCUAACCAAAGAAAACCGAAGUUAAAAUCAUCUUCCACGUGUUGGCCUCGUAUUUGUGAUGUUUAAAAACUGGAGUGGGUGGUAUUAUGAUAAAGUGGGGGAAAUAAUACUUGCUUCUCUUUAACACAAAGCAGCAGGUGAGAGCUUAUUGCCAAAUCCAAGACUAGAUUUUGCAUCGCCUCUGGGCCCAUCCCAUGAAAUUUGAGUGAGAUGUCUGGCGACUGCUGGAAUUAACACCAGGGGCCGAAACAGAGCUGGUACUAACACAACCCGCCUUAGGAAUAAACACUGGAGCCUCUCCACGGAGCCAAAAGGAGCCGCAUGCCCUCUCUAGAUUCAGACAGUUCUUACAAUGCUGUUUAGCGAUCUAUUCGACCAGUGGCCUCAAUGGCCACAGUUAUUCAACAUGUUCUUGCACUGACCUUGAUUCUGGACACCAGACAAAGUGAGAUGGUGGUCCAUCGAGCAUCCAGGGUCAUCACAGCUUCAGGGAAUUCCAAGUGUCCUGUAUAUGACGCUCUUACAGUCUAAGUCAUUGAAAACCUUGCCAUCUAAAAGACGGGGUUUUAAACUAACCGGAAGACCAAAACUGUGCCGUUGGUUACUUGUCAAAAUUCCAGGCAGAUGUACCAACUCCAG